AUGGCAGAGAUUACACAAGGGCAUGAGUACCAGGAGGCCAGAAUCACUGAGAGCCAUUUUGAGGCUAAGAGGCAGCUCCCUUCAGAAGCCACUCGGCGCCUCACCCGGGACUCCCCCCGGCUCGGGGCCGCGAUGGGACCCACGGCCGCCACCAAGUUCACCGGGCGCUUGCCGCUCCUGUUUCUUCUCCUGCUGCUGCUGCUGCGCGGGAUCGCGGCGGCGUCCUCGGGGUUGGGCGUGGGCGCGACGAGCGGCGGAGAUGCUCUCUCGCUUUCCUACCAUUUCUUCAUCACAUCACAGGCCAGGCCUGGACAACCAUGGUGUGAGGUUCAAGGCCAGAUCAAUGGCAAAACAUUUCUUUCCUAUGACUGUCAGACCAAGGAGUUCAAACCCAUUGGUCCUCGGGGGAUGAAGCUGAAGGACACAGCAUUUUGGCAGCAACAGGAGGAAACUGUGAAACUCCUGGUGGAAGAGCUCAGAAAGAAAGUGUUGGACAUCAAAGCAGAGAAUUUCACUAAGAGCGGGACAGGUUCUCUCACCAUGCAGGGGAGGCUCAUGUGUGAACGUGGGUCCGAUGGACACACCAGAGCAUUCUGGCAGUUUCGCUUCAAUGAGUCGAUAACCUACCGCUUUGACCCGAAGAACAGAAAGUGGACAGUGGAUCAUUCUGGAGGCCAACAGGUUAAGGACGUGUUGGAUGGUGACAGAGAGCUGACCAUGCUGCUCGUGAGGACCUCCAACGGAGACUGUCAGAGCUGGCUCCAGCAAGUGUGGGAGCACUGGGAUGAAACCCAGGAGACCACAGGUAACUCAGAAUACUGGGUGGAUGGCUGGUUCUCCUGA